AUGGCCACCAGAUCUAUAACAGAGCGAGAGCUGGAGGAGAUCUAUGCCUUUGCCGUUCAGCUCGGCAAGGAUGCUGGAAGGCUACUUCUGGAGGCUGCUCAGUCGAGGUUCAGCGACGAUGGCGACAGCUCGCAAGACUUCUCCGAGAAGGACAGCGCGGUAGACAUUGUCACCAAGACCGACGAAGACGUGGAAUCCUUCAUCAGGACAUCCAUCGCCAAGAGAUAUCCAGACCAUGCCUUCGUUGGCGAAGAAAGCUACUCAAAAGGCGCCUCCCGCGCCUACCUCAUCGACGACGCAGUGCCAACCUGGUGCGUGGACCCGCUCGACGGGACCGUCAACUACACGCACCUCUUCCCCAUGUUCUGCGUCUCCAUCGCCUUCGUCGUCGGCGGCAAGCCCGUCAUCGGCGUGAUCUACGCCCCCUUUCUGAACCAGCUCUUCACGGCCUGCCGCGGCCGGGGCGCAUGGCUCAACGAGACGCAGCGGCUGCCUCUGGUGCGGAACCCAAUACCGGCGAUGCCCAAGAACGCGCCCGGCGGCUGCAUUUUCUCAUGCGAGUGGGGAAAGGACAGGAGAGACAGGCCGGACGGCAAUCUGUAUCGGAAGGUCGACAGCUUUCUGAACAUGGCUGCGGAAGUGGGCGGCCGGGGAGGAAAAGGGGGGAUGGUCCAUGGUGUGCGGAGUCUUGGGAGCGCCACGAUGGACCUUGCCUACACAGCAAUGGGGUCGUUCGAUAUCUGGUGGGAAGGAGGAUGUUGGGAAUGGGACGUGGCAGCCGGCAUUGCCAUCCUCCAAGAAGCAGGCGGCUUGGUAACAACAGCGAACCCUCCCGAAGAUCCCUUGACGGCGGAAAUCGAGGAGGUCAAGUUGGGAGGCCGCCUGUAUCUGGCUAUUCGGGCCGUCUGA